UUACUUAUGAAGUUAAGAAGGAUAUAGAAAACGAACUUUUAUAAAAGUUUUGAUGAGACAUUUUAUUUAUUGUUAUUUAAUAGAAGUUGUUAUCGGAUUUUUCGUUUAAGAAGUACACAGUUUUCUAUCCAGCGGAUUAAUACUAUACAUUUCCUCUGCAUCAGCAACAUUACCGAGUAUCAAUUGUUGUGACAGGAAAAGAAUCUGAAAUGGCUGACCAAUUGACUGAAGAACAAAUUGCUGAAUUCAAGGAGGCGUUUAGUCUUUUUGACAAGGAUGGUGAUGGCACAAUCACAACAAAAGAGUUGGGAACAGUAAUGAGGUCCUUGGGGCAGAAUCCUACAGAAGCAGAGUUACAAGACAUGAUUAAUGAGGUGGAUGCCGAUGGUAAUGGAACUAUAGACUUUCCAGAAUUUCUCACCAUGAUGGCUAGAAAAAUGAAGGACACAGACUCAGAAGAAGAAAUUCGUGAAGCAUUCCGUGUAUUUGACAAAGACGGUAAUGGAUUUAUUAGUGCAGCUGAAUUGAGACAUGUGAUGACAAAUCUAGGAGAAAAACUUACAGAUGAAGAAGUAGAUGAAAUGAUCAGAGAAGCUGAUAUUGAUGGUGAUGGUCAAGUAAACUACGAAGAAUUUGUGACCAUGAUGACCUCUAAGUAAAGACUGACUGCUACAUAUUUUUUACCAAUUGUGGGACUAGUUGUUGAUGUCAUGUUGGGUGUGAACGGAUGUGGACAGUAUUUCCAGUUUUACAGGCUCUGUCGCAGGAAUACAAAGAGCAUUAUUAACAAACUGCCUAGUCAGGUUCAGUUAAUGUUCAGAACUUUUAAAUGAUUCCAAGUAUUCAUUGGCAAGUCCCGAAAUGUUGUACUGUGAAUUUUUUAAUAUCUAACAAAUGUAAAGAAAUGAUUGAUUAUUCUAUUAUAUUAAACAAAAUAUAAAGAUACUUUCUUAUUCACAAUCCAAUCGAUCCUUUUUUGUUUCUGUAGGACUUCCCAUUACUGAAUUAGGUACAUUUCUGUUCAUGUUUGGUGUAUUAUUUACAAACUUUGUAUACUAUGAAACGUUAAGUCAUAAUUUCAUAUGAAAUGUACUUUAAUUUAGUGUUUUAUUCAGUGCCUAUUUAAGUGGUAUAUCAAAUUUGCUAUAAAGGAUGUUAUUUUAUUGUUUUGUCUCAUUUUGGAUUGUGAAUGACUUUUUUGUGCACAAGGAGUAAAUUUAACUUUCGUGUAAAUGUUUUAGAAGUUCUUUACUAUGGGGAGAAGCGUAUCCAUCAAUUUCUGUCAUCUGGAAAAAAGAAUAUGCUCAUCCAUUUUCUGAGUAAUUGUGAUAUAUUUGUCUUAAUUUUGUUUUAAAAACUUGCAUUCCAUCUUGGUUGACAAGCUUCUGUUUUUUAUUUCUUUUUAAAAAAAAUCAGGAUAUUCAUUAUGAUGGCUUUGUCCUUGAUUUAGGCAUUAACCAUUUUGUUUAGAUUGCCUGUUUUUAUAUUUCUUUUUUAUGUAUUUUUAUAGGGCCUUUCACUGGUUUUCGCAAAAAGAAAAUCAUUUUUUAAGAAACCUUUUUCAUAAAUAAGACACUUGAUCAGUUGCAAUGAACAGAUAAAAGAAAAAAAAAUCUUAUGGGAAAUAUUAUUUGCUUUUUUUCUACAUUGGAGCAAUAAUGUUAACACUUUUCUCUUAUUGUUGAACACAACUUUUUAGACUACUAGUCAUUGUCAUUUAAAUAGUCUGGCUAUGACAGUCAUUUUCCUGAUCAUUUUAUUUCUUGUCACGUUCUACAUCUUUUACACUCUUUCUAUUUAUUGUUCUUUAUGUACAUCUGGCUUCUUAAAGAUGAAAAUAAAAAUUACAAAUUCUA